AUGCGACUGGCUUCCUUUGUCUCUUUUUUUGUUUUCUUUCCUGAGAGCUCCCGAUGGGCACACGAUCCCACAGCUACUGGUAACAGUCCGUUCCGUCAGUUCUGCUGUACAGCAAUUAUAUCUAUCUAUCUAUCCAUCUUUCUACCUACAUAUAUAUAUGUGUGUGUGUAUCUAUCUCUUUUCUGGUUUCCUUUGUGUGCUUACGUUCCUUUAAAAAUACGGUUUAACCAAAUUCCUCUACACGGCCUUUCCUCCCUCUUCCUCUUUUCUUUUCUUUUUAAAUAUCCUUUCGCCUUUUCGAUUUCAGUGGUGUUGAAAGAUCGACCUCCUUCUUCGAGAGGGGUGGGUGGGUGGGGCGCUGCCAUGGCCAUAGAUUUCUACCCCUCUCUCUCUCCUACCGCUUAUAUAUAUUUAUUUAUUUCGUGCUUGUGUGUGUGUGUGUCUCUACGUAAGUGGAGGCACACACUUGUUGCCUUUAGUGCCAUCUUUGAUUCAUGUCUUUUCCAACAGCAAAUAAAAAUCCCCUAA